AUUCAAACGUCUGCACUCCGCUUCGCAUCUUCUUCUGACAUCGUCUCACAGAGGAGCAAAAUGUUGUCACGUACUGUUCGUCGUGGAUUCGUCCAAAGCCGCCAUGUUCGCCCAUUCCAAACAUCAGCUACACGGCCAUUACCAUCGAAAUACGACCAGGACAAGGACAGCAUAAACACGACAUCGAACGAAUACAGCAAGUCAUCUGGAGACGGUCAAGCAGCAGGAGAAGGCACAGCUUUCGAUCCAAAUCAAACGAGUCCAGAGAGUCAACAUGAAAGUGCUCGACAAGAGAGCGGCUCUAACAGCGACAACCCUCUCAACGUGAGCCCUGCCAACCACGAUAUCAGUCGCACGAAUGCGGAUAAACAGCAGCAUCAGGCACAAGGGAGCAAAGACGAGACGGGGGGAGGGAGUGGACGGUCGAGGUCCAGCGGUGGAGGCAGUCCGCAGAAGAGUGGUGGAGGGCAAUCAGGUGGUGGUGGAUCUGGUUGAGGACAGCAGGCGAGCGGAAGUGAUGCUGCAGUGGAAAUGGUGUAGCAGGAACGCGAGGCGAUCCUUCGAGGCCGGUCGGAUUUCGGUCGCAUGCCCGUGGAGUGUCACAGGACAGGCUCACAGCAGGACUUGUUGUAUUGGUAGUAUGCCUGCCACAGGCACAUCGCGAGACAGCAUUCCCAUGAGAUGAUGCAGAUUUGAUUCCAACCAUGCAGUCCGCAUUCGUAACUCAGCAGCUCGUUGCGACAUAGAUUUCGCUGAAGCGUUCAAUGGCGUUGCCAGUCAG